GGGAACCCGGAAGCGGCGGCAGCCAUGGCGCAGGGAACCCCGAAGGCAGCGGCCAAGCGGUCCGGGCGGGGGGGGGCGGCGGCGGAGACCGCGUCUCGGGGGGCGAAGGGGCCGAGGAAGGGAGCCCGGGCCAUCGCCCCCAAGAAACUGCGAGUGAUUCAGCAGCAGAAGCUGAAGAAGCGCCUGGAGGUCGCCAUCCGGCAGAAGAUCGAGCGGGACGCGGUGCAGCGAGCGGGCGCCGGGCUGCCCAAGAAGCUGGCGGUGGUCGCGGCCCCCGGACCCCCCAAGGGCAAAGCCAAGAAAGGUCGGGGCUGAGCCCCCCUUCCCCCGGACCCCUUUCCCCCCUCCGCCGCCCCGGAGUGGGGUACAUACACAGAGGAGGUGUCAUGAACGCGUCCGGUCUCAGUUCGUGUUGGAAUUGUUUAAUAAAUAAAAUUGGGGAGAGGCCGAGCCCCCACUCCC